CCCCCUUCCCCGCAUGUAUUAUCGCUUACUCAGAGUUUUUCCUAUUCUUUCUUGACCUUGGCCCCAGCCUUUCGGGGCGUGUUAACCUUCGGGUGAAACAACGCGUAGGCCUACGUUGUUGCGAGACAUCGUGUCUGUGUUUCUCUGUGCUUGUCUCCGUGUGUGUGUGCGUGUGUGUAUGUGUGUGUAUGUGUGUGUGUGUGUGUUAAAGCGCACAGCAGUCCACCAGCGAGCCGUGACAUUUGUUGUUACCGGAGAUAACGCACGCACGUUGGAGACCGUUCUUGUAUUACGUAGCACUGGCUCUCAUACGUAAACUCCUGACCAGCGAGUGACGGCGCAUGUGUUGAAAUCCUCUAUCUCCUCUUGUCUGGACGACAACUUCGCCAGCACAGUUUGCAGACAACUGACUUCUCCGAUUCCAGUUUACAGUCUUCUGCUGUCAGAAUCACAAACCCCACCGGGAAAAUACUUCUAAAGAACUCUUGGCUUAACUGUUUGUUGAUCAAAAUAACGAAAUAACGGUGUAAUUUUUCUGUAAUAUCUUUAACAAAAAACACUGCAGGUAGAAGGGUGGACAACAAUGGCUUUCACAACGUGUACUCUCAGCGUGAUUCUCAUACUAGCUUCCCUCCCUUGGCACGCCAGUUGCCAGAAAAACGAUCAGCUCAAAAUGGCGGAAGAAGCGGCGGGAAAGCUGAUUCAGUUUUACGCCGAUUCCACGGGAGGUACGGUCGACGGUUUGACAGCCCAGGACUUUGCGUCCUUCCUACAGAGCGUCACGCAGCAUUCCAGAGACUACAUCGAAUUCGUCAGUGGCGACUGCGAGUCGAACCUCACCAGUUGCGAUUGGAAGGCUGAGCCUGGGGCUAUGGCAUCGGGUUUGUGACAGUCGUAGCCAUCAUCUCCAACAUCGGCGUGUGUAUGGGACCCAUCAUGCACAAGAGGUACUUCAAGAGACUUCUGCAGUUCCUGGUGGCCAUGGGGGCUGGCUCCCUGGCGGCUACUGGCUUGCUGGUAUUGAUUCCUGAGAAAAAGAACAGAGAUCUAUCUUUGCCUGAGAACGGGGGGAAAGAACUGCUGGCCAGAGAGAACGAUCAUGGACACAGCCAUAGCCUGACGGACGGGCUGUCUCUGGAUGAGCAGACCAGCAGGACCACCUUGGCCUGGAUGGUGAUGGCGGGAGAUGUGAUCCACAACUUCGUGGACGGGCUCGCCAUAGGAGCUGGCUUCACGGAGGACCUCAACGUAGGGAUCAGUGUGUCGCUCGCCGUGCUGUGUGAGGAACUUCCUCAUGAGUUGGCUUCCAGAGAUGAGCUCCCAGCUGGACAGCCUCAUGGCCCGUGGGGGGUCAGAGGCCAAGGUCAUGGCCGCUCUACACAUCUGUGGCUUGAUCAUCGGUGCUCUCGUUAUUGUUUUCAUCGUCAACAUCAGCGGCUACAUCGAAGUUUAAAACAAAUGCUAGAUGUGUAUAAGGUUACAAAAGAUUACCAGCAGUGCUUUUAUGUUAAAGUUUAGUUGUGGAGAAGUAAUUAAGGCCGAGCAUUGCUGUUAUGGUGAAGUUGAGUAAUGAAGAGGUAAAAACACAGGCGUCUGUAGUGUAGCGGUUAGGCGCUUCACUGUCACGCGCAGGAGACCCGAGUUCGAUUCUCGACAGGGGAGAAGAGUUUUAUCGAGUGUAUCGGUCUUCCUCUGCUGUGCUGCUGUAUCUCCUUCUGCCCGAGUUGGCCCUGACAGGCAGGGUCGGAAGUUUUUCCUUCUGAAUUAAAUGAUUUAUUUUGGGUCGAGAGGGCGUACGAAACGCCUGCUUUGAAAAAGAGGUUAAAGUUUAUUUAUAGUGAAGUUUAGUAAUGAAAAUUUGAAGACCGGGCAUUGCUUUUAUAAUGAAA